CCGCGCGCGCCUCCGGCUGCCGUUUUCUCCUCCCUUCCCGUCGCCCGGGGGAUGAGCCUCCGCGUCUGCCCGCCCCCAAUCCUGGGGCGGAGGCCUCGCGCAAACUCGGGGCGCGGCGCGCCGGUGCAAGGUCUCGGCCGCAGCCGGCUCCUUCCCGCUCCGCCGCGGCCCCCGGAGCGGCCCCUCCAGCCCGCGGUUCCCACCGAGGCCCGAGGCGGGCUCGCCCCGCAAGGAUGAACUGGACGGCCGCGACGUGCUGGGCUCUGCUGCUGGCCGCCACCUUCCUCUGCGACAUUGGCGCGGCCAAGGGCGGCCGUGGAGGGGCUCGCGGCAGCGCCCGGGGAGGGCUGCGCGGGGGCGCGCGCGGGACCCCACGGGUGCGCGUGAGGCCGGCGCCCCGCUACGCGGGCUCCUCCCUGCGCGUGGCUGCGGCCGGGGCGGCGGCGGGGGCGGCGGCCGGCCUGGCGGCGGGUUCCGGCUGGAGAAGGGCCCCGGGCCCCGGGGAGCGCGGCCUGGAGGACGACGAGGACGCGGCACCAGGCGGCAACCGGACGGGCCAAGGCGUCUACAGCUACCGGGCGUGGACUUCGGGCGCGGGGCCCACCGGCGGCCCGCGCCUCUGCCUGCUGCUGGGCGGCGCCCUCGUUGCCCUGGGGCUGCUGCGGCCCUAGGCCUGGCCAGGCUCGGGGCCAGAUCCGGCCCCCAGCCCGCGCCCUCCCCGCAGGCCCCCCGCCCCGGAUCGGCCCCAGAGGCCGCCAGCGGCUGAGCGCCGCUUCCCACCGCUGCCGGCGGCCUCUGACCCAGAGACGCUGCCUGGGGGUUUCCAGCCAGCCCGGGCAGGAGCCGCGGCCUCUCCUAUGGGUGCCCACUGACGCCCCCGGUCCACCGCCCGGCCCAGGUCCCUCCCCAGCCUCCCCAUCCUACCGAAGGACCAGGGCCCUUCAGUCCCAGGAUGCCCCGCCUACCGCCUGGAUGCCAGGGUCUCCCCCCACCCCCUCCACCGUCAGAAAAGCAGGUGCCAUCCCGUGUUUCCGGUACCAUCCAGGCUGACGGCCCACCAUCUCUCCAGAGCUGCCCAAAGUGAUGUCCAAGACCAGGCUGCUCAGGCCAUUCCGGCCCCCCUGAGGACCCUGUGGCCUCCCCCACAGAAGCAGCCAGAAUGGACCAAAGGAUUUGAGGACUUGGGGGGAGAGGUUUCCCUCACAGGUUUUAGUGUGCCUACCACCUGUCCGGAAGAGGCCGUCUGCGGACUGGAGCCCAGGCGUGCCCAUCACUCUCCAGAGAAUCCCUGGAGCACCCCCUGCCACAGCAGCUGCCCCGGAGCCCGGCCAGCCCACCCUCAGGUCCAGAAGUGUGCCCCCUCACCAGGCAGACCCUCUCAAGGCCACUGCCAGGUGCCUCUUGGAGCCACUGUGCUCUAACUGGAAACAAGUCACUUAACUCUUCUUGGGACC